AUGCGGUCCGCACAGGAGGCAGACGUACAGAGUUUGGACGCACAACCGACAAAAGAUCCAGAAACGCCAUCUCAUCCGGUUCUGCACGGCUUCAAGCAUGUCGAAGAUAUCUUCGAUAUCGAGACCGACCCCAAGUGGCAGACUUCAAAGAAAGAACUCUGGUCUUAUUAUUUGUAUUAUGUCGGUAAUAAUGGACUGGCGGGGUUUAAUUAUGGGCCUUCGCAGUUCCAAAACCUCUUAUACUUGGCGGGUUAUGAUAGGGCACACCCCCCUUAUACGGCACCCUGCGAGGGAGAUGCCGUCUGUGUCCUUCCAUUCAUGGGAAAAGUUCGUGAUAUCAGUUCGAUUGUGCUUAUCACAAAUGGGAUUGCAUUCGCGAUUCAGGCGGUCCUUUUUCUCGUUAUUGGAGCAUGGGCUGAUUAUGGAUCAUGGCGUCCGAAUAUCACUAUCGCUUUCACAGUAGUUGCGAUCGCCGUUGCCUUUGCGUGGCUGGGGGUGACUGAACCUUCAAAAUGGGAGGCAGGAGUGGCGCUCUAUAUGCUAGGGUUGAUUACCUACCAAGGAGCGUUGACCUUUUGGACCGCGGCAUUCCCCGGGCUCGCGCGCUCAUUACCUGAAAUGCAAGAAUCGAAGCGGGCACUGGAUGCUGGCGAAACAACACUGAGCGAUCAUCAAACUCUGGACUCUCUUUCUCGGAAUCGACUAUCGAAUAUCUCGUUCACCGUUUGUUCGGCUGGAGAAAUCGCAUUGCUUGCUGUCAUGGUAGGCAUGCUAAAGGGAAUGCAUGCAGAUAGUAGUCCGGAAGCCAACACAAAAGCUUUCUCGGCACUCAUCGCACUCGCUGGAGGCUUUUGGCUGGUCUGUGCCAUCCCUUGGUUUGUCCUUGAGCGGCGAAGACCGGGCGCUAGGAUGCCCCCUGGAGCGAGUCUAUUGACAAUCGGUAUACUACAAACUUGGGUUGCAUUAAGAGAGUGCUGGAAGCUGAAACAGACUUUUCUUUACUUGUUGUUCUACUUUUUGAUGGGCGAUGUUCUGAACACCUGCGUUACCGUCAUCGGAACUCUGCAGAACAGCCUGGCAUCUUACUCGACCCUACAGCUCACAUACUUAUUGAUUGUGGGUAUCGCCGCACAAAUGGUUGGGAUUUACGUAUUCUGGCUUGUUCAAAAACAAUUCAAGAUAUCCACAAAAGCGAUGCUCCUAUUUAAUGCAUUUUGGAUUCUAGUGCUGUGUGGUUGGGGUCUGGUUGGGAUCUGGACGACACGUUUUGGUUUCCAACAUCUCUGGGAGAUUUGGGCAUAUCAAGCAUUCUAUGGCGUAUUUGUUUGUCCAUGGUAUGCAUAUAGUCAGACGAUGAUUAGUGAGGUUGUGCCAAAAGGCAAAGAGUUCCUGUUUUUUGCUAUGUUCAGCGUUAUCGGCAAAACGUCGUCUUUUAUUGGACCUUUCGUAUCAAGUGCCAUCAUUGAUGAUAGCAACAAUAACAAUAUGCCGUUCGCAUUCCUUCUAGGUUUGGGUGUCUUCUCCUUCUUGCUUUUGGUCUUUGUCGAUGUCGACAAAUCUCGAACAGAGUGUACAGAGUAUCUGGCAGCGGAGGCCAGAAUAGAAGGUAUAGAAGAUGAAUGA